GCCAACUACAACUGUCGAUCGCUUGUAUCUUCCGUCCCAUUUUUUAUGAAAGCAGAACCAAAUUUUGUCACAAAGGUUGUGACGUUACUAAAAUUUGAGGUGUUCCAACCGGGUGACAUCAUUAUCCGUGAAGGGACGUUUGGCGAUCGUAUGUUCUUUAUACAGCAAGGGGUGGUGGAUGUUUUAACGCAUGACGGAGAUGUUGCCACUUCUCUAUCCGAAGGAUCGUAUUUUGGAGAAAUCUGUCUGCUGACACACGAACGACGGGUAGCAAGCAUUCGUUCAGAGACAUACUGUUCUCUGUUCUCUCUGUCUGUAGAGAACUUUCAAAAAGUCGUCAUCGAAUAUCCGUCGAUUCGUAAAACAAUGGAAGAGAUAGCAAUCCGACGUCUAAAGAAGAUUGGAAAGUCAGCGAGUCUCAUACGCAACAACAUAAAUCCUUCUAGUAAAAAAGACAGCGUUUUGUUCGAUCUUCCAUUAGAUGCAGACUGCUAUGACAGCGUGUUGGAAGAAGACGAGAAAGUAAUUGGUGUAACCGAGUCAACCGUCAUCAACGAAAAGCUGUAGAACAAAUGAAUUUAAAUAUAUUAUGUCAUUAUAAAUUCUGUUUGUAAUUAAAGCCUAUUUGGGC